AGGAAACAGAAAGCGAAGCAAAACAUAAAAAGGAAAGCAAAGAUGCCCUGGGGAUCAGUAUCCCACACCGGACGUACCGCCACUUGGCUGUCCUUGUGUCUCUUCUUGGGAUUGAUUCUGGAGCAAGUCACAGGUAAAGUUGUUUUGAGUGGUCGGACACCACCCUCAGCAAAUGAUGUGAUUCCAAGCACACCUCAAAUCGAAGACCUCCAAAGCGAGAGUCAAAACACCUGGGAACGUUACCUUCAAGCAGAACAGAGUCUUACACCAAUGGUGCCUUCUCCUCCCAUCGCGAAUGGUCCAACACGGGGACCUGUCAUGGCGCAACCAUCACCUGCUAUUGACCCUGCUUUGCCGACUGAAACGUUGCCAGCAGCAGUAUCCCCUGAAACACCAGCUAGCCCAACGCCUACAGGACCUGUGGUGGCCCAACCAUCACCUGCUAUUGAUCCUGCUCUGUCAAAUGGAACGUUGCCAACGGCAGCAUCCACCAGAAUUCCAAUCUGUCUCCUGGAUUCAAUGGGAUUCCCUGUGCCUCCCAAUGAUCCAAGAUCGGUCGCACCCGACACGCAACCUUUGAUAUCAGAAGUCACUUUUGAGGAAGCCGGAACGACCAUCGAAGAUAUCAAUGGAGUCAUUGAAACUAUAGAGUUCUUUGGUGCCUUCGUCCCGGGUGUUGGGCCGUUUAUUGCCGAUGGCGCUGCUGCCUUAACCCAAGCAGUGAAGUUCCUUGGACCGAUAUUUGGUCUACAAAGUGAAGCCGAUGUGUUGUUGGCGAUGAUUCAAUCGGGAUUCCAACAAAUUUCUACCCAAUUGGGUAGGAUGCAAAUAGAAAAUCGGCAAUCAUUCCUACAAAUCGAAUCACUCAUCUUGAAUGUUACCUUUGACGAAAUUGCAGGACAAUUGGACCACACGCUGUCGGCUUUCCAGAAUCUUGUGAAUGCCUCUGGUACUAACGGUACACGUCCAUCUCCAUCAGCCUUAUUCAUAUACGAUGCAAGAUUCCGUGCAAUAUGCAAUGAGGCAUCGCCCUACAACCCGGAGGUUAUCUUCCGUGACUUGUACGGAUAUGCCUGUUCCGAUUGUAUGUUUUCGAGUCGACGACGUGCAAACUUUUUCGAUAUUGCCCUGCGGGAAGCAAGAUUUAGUGGAAUCCGAUUCCGUACCGACUUUGCUAGCUUUAUCUACAUGGGGAUGGUCCAAGCAAUGAUGUUAACAGCGGCAUGUCUCCCACCCCAAGGAACAUGCAAUGAUGGAAGUACUGACAUCGUCUUCAGAGAGAAUAUGGAGGAUAUGGGAGACGCCCUUGAUGAGGUAGUAUUGCGACUGAACGAAACCGUGUCGGACUUGGAGGUCAACUUUUGGAGGAACUUACUCAUUCUACCCGAGCUCCGCGAUCAAAUCUUCUCGCUUGCAGACGGUGACGAGGAGUCUAGAUCCAAUCAAGACAUUGCCGACGAUAUUUGGAUCUUCUUGACUUCCCUUCAACCAGACUUUUUCAUCCAGGUCAUUGUUGCCUUGAAUCCACAAGAGGACUUCACCCGUCGGAAUAUUUGGAGAACAGUUUGCGAAGGUGACGGCGAUGGGAUCACCGAAGAUUGUCCAUCCUCCAACUUCAUUACACAAGGCUUUGUCGAUUUUGAUAGUAUCGCGGGGAAUCUUGUCCACAUCCGGUACAGACACCGUGCUUUGGGAGAACCAGAUUUUUCAGUUACCAUUGCUGGUGAGACAAUGUCACUUGGUGAUUUCGUGACGGAAUUGGCGAAUCGGCCAGCCAUCGUCACGGACCAAGGUUUAAAUGGUUGUGACGAUGACAAUGCUGCCGUUUGUGCGAGCAAUGUGAUUGGCUGCCAUGACUGCAAUGACGAGGAAUUGACCGAGUUCAAUCGUUUCUUUUCUUCUGGUCGAGCGUCCUACCUAGUGUCCCGCUUUAGUGAUGGCGACAAUGACAAUUUUGAUUCUCUUGCGGUGAGAGAUUCGUUCCAGUCAAGGGAGCUGGCAAGCAUCUUUCCCGUCAUCCGCAUCCAAACCGGGGUUACCGUCUUUGUUGGAGGAUUUGGAUGUGAAUUUUUUGGUGUACUAGCAGAUUGCACGGACAGAUCUUUGGACGGAUUUACCGUGUUUCUCUAA